AUGGCCGAGCUACAUUUGUCUAGAACUUCUGAAAUUCGUACUCGAGUCGAAGAUUACCUCAAUGACAAGAUACAAACUGCUGCCGAUCUCGACCAGCUGGACAAUCUCCUCCAACAAGUUCAAGUGCAGCAGAACUUACUGAAACAGCAGUUGGCAGAUGCGAAGAAAAGCCAUAAGGACGCCCAAACUCGGGUCGAACAGCAAACCCAGGAACUGAGACACAAGGCUGAAGGCUUUCAAACUCGAAAGGCGGCCGUCGACAGACGAUUACAGUCGUUAGCACAAACAGAUGUCAGUGAUGAUGCAGCCAAGAAUAUUGAAGAGCGAAUGGGCAAGGUCCGCAACUUGGAGAUAGCUCGAGGAUAUCUUGACUUGAUUCAUCGAGUGAAUACGUUGAGCAACCAGGUGACAGACAAGCUCUUCUCGCAACCGCACAUCUCGCUUCAGUCAUACCUCGAGUUCAGAAAUAUACUGGCGAAAGUCCAAGAUGCGCAAAUAGCCGCAGAGGGCGCCGCACCCCAACUGGUGUACGAGUUGGAGAGACAAAAUCAAGUACUAUAUGAGAAACUGAAGCAAAAAUUGGAAGAUGACCUUAACAAGACGCUGGAGCAGAUGAAAUGGCCCAGGAAGGAGCUGAAUCUGUUGGGGAAUGUCCGGGAUCAAUGGCAUCAACAAGUACGACUCCUUCUUGCUUUGCAAGAUCCCGAUUUGGUAUCAGUGUUUGCCCACAGGGAGGGCUUCAAGUCUCCUGUGACUACGGAACCUGUUAUCUUACUCCCUGUUGAGGUGAUGGCGCGCCCACUUGCCGCAAGGUUUCACUACCACUUUUACGGAGAGAGGCCAACUAAUCGACUGGACAAACCCGAAUAUUUCCUCAACCACAUCUUGGAUCUUCUCCACAGACACAGUGGGUUCAUGUCGGACAUGCUUGGUCCCAUAUUGGAUGAGCGAGCUGCGAACUCUGAGGUCUUGGAGACCAUUUAUACCGAUGCCAUCUCAACCUUUAUAACGGCGUUGCUACCCCUCGUUCUUGAGAAAUGCCUAUCAUUCCUCCCUCAAAUAUCCCAACAACCGCAACUACUGUCCCACUUUAUGCAUGAACUGAUGGGAUUCGAUACUGCAAUUCGCGAUGCCUGGGGCUACGUACCUAUUCCUAGGAUGCUGACCGACUGGAAGGGCAUCACCUGGAAUGUAUUGAACACUCAUGGUUACUUUGGUGCAUGGCUCGCGGUGGAAAGGGAUUUUGCACUCACACGAUACAAAGAGAUUCGAGAUGCUCCUGACAGCGGAGACAUCGAUUUUGACGACGGCUCUACCCAGACAAAACCUACCAAGGGAGCCAUUAGAGUCAAUGAUUUGCUCGAAACCAUCACUGAUCGAUAUCGCGGCCUUGCGUCUUUCAGCCAGAGAAUGAAAUUCCUGCUAGAGGUCCAACUGUCCAUUUUCGACGAUUACCAUAAUCAUCUCCAUGGUGCCUUGCAGGCAUACCUUGUGUCCUCGCACACGGCAGGUCGACUCCUGCAAGGUCAAACUGAAUCACAUGCUUUUGGUCUAAAAGGGCUUGAAUCAUUAGCCAAGAUCCAUGGGAGCGCGGAGUUUCUCCAACGCAAGAUGUCUGAUUGGAGCGACGAUGUCUUCUUCUUGGAGCUUUGGGAUGAGCUGCAAUACCGCGCGAAAGCUAAUAGUAAUGGUGCUGCGUCAGUCGGUUCAGGGCUGAACGUAGAUGAAGUGGCCGCCAGAACUUCCAACACCAUCAAAUCAAACAGCCUCGAUGACGAUGCCGAUACCGAUGGAAGUGGACUGUUUGACCAGACUGCUCUGGCGUAUCGACGGUUGCGAGAACGUAGCGAAGAGGAGAUCCUUCGGAUGUUCGACGUCAACUUGAAAGGUGCUAUUGAAUCUUACGCAAAAUACGCGCAAUGGUCUUCUCUUGCCUCCACGCCAUCAGACUUCGCCUCGUUGAGUCCAUCCGCGAGUCUGGACGGGUUCCUCCAAACCACGUCAAUGCUGCUGGGCUAUCUUGCCAAGAUCCUCGCACCUAGCUCCUUGCGACGAAUCACGAAGCACUACUGCACUUCAGCGCAGCGAAAGAUCUACGACAGCGUCGUGAUGUCUCACACUUUUUCCGCUGCAGGUGCAACUCAGUUGAAGAGAGACUUGGCGGCAAUCGAACAAAGUAUAGAGACGAUCACGAGACUACGGGGAGUGGUUGGAUCAAGCAUGAGACGGCUCGAAGAAGCAGUCUUUCUUCUUACUCUCGAUGGUAAUAAAACGCCAACCGUCAACGUUGACAACGGUGAUGACGGCGAUGGCUGGGGCUUCGAUGAGGACAUAGAUGGCAAUUCAGCUCUUUCCGCCGCCGGCCUCAAGGACAAGGAUUGGGGUUUGUGGGAUGCCGAGAAGCUCAUCUUUCAGAGCAAUGAAGCGGCACGAGAGGCACUGGCAGACAUGGAACUACGCCACUUGAGUGAAGCCGAUGCUAGGAAUGUGUUGAAGAGAAGAGUCGAGCUCAACAGCUAG